AUGCAAGUGGUGCUCGAUACUGUGGAUCACAAGAACCUUGACAAGGAUGUUGAAUGGUUCCAGCACAAUGUGAGCACAUCGGAAAACGUAGCCAUUUAUCUAUGGGAGAAGCUUCGGGUACAGAUGAAAACGCCAAAGAUGCUCUACAAGGUGACCGUUGAAGAGACACCAAAAAAUAUUUUUACUUACAAAGGCGAAAUCUAG